AUGUCGGACUCAGAAAAGUCGCCCGUCGACCAGAAGAUGACGCUGGACAAGGAGGCGCCGGCGUCUCCUGGCCCUUCCCGAGAUCUCGACCAGGCGUACCGAUUCCUGCAGCAGUACGGGGAGAAUGGCGACGGCGAGGAGGCCAGCGACGCUGACCUGAAGAGGAUCCGCUGGAAGGUCGACCUCUACAUCAUCCCGAUCAUGUUUGUCUGCUAUAGCAUGCAGUUCAUCGACAAGGUCUCUCUCAAUUACGCUGCUGUUAUGGGCCUAAAUAAGGACCUCAAGCUCAAGGGGAACGACUUCUCCAACGCCGCCACAGCAUUCUUCAUCGCAUAUCUCAUCGCCGAAGUGCCAACAGGUUACAUAUUGAACAAGAUAUCUGCGCCAAAGUGGCUGGCCCUUAACGUCACCCUCUGGGGCAUCGCGACCGCCUGCACUGCGGCAGCUCGCGACUAUCGCACUCUUCUCGCAGCUCGCAUCUUCCUGGGCAUCUUCGAGGCUGCCAUUGCGCCCUGCCUGGUGCUCAUCAGCAGUCAAUGGUACACCAAGUCCGAGCAGGCGCCCCGGUUCUGCAUCUGGUACUCUGGCCUGGGUCUGGGGCAGAUCAUCGGCGGCCUCGUCUCCUUUGGCUUCCAGCACGUCAAGGAUCCUGACUUCACCGGCUGGAAGGCCAUGUUCGUCGUCCUCGGAGCUGUUACCUGCGUGGCUGGCAUCUCUACCUACUUCAUCAUCCCGGACAGCCCCAUGAAGGCGCGCUUCUUGACCGAGAGGGAGAAGGCUGCCUUGCUCAAGCAUGUCUCCUUCAACCAGACCGGCGUCAUCAAUACCAGCUUCAAGAUGUCCCAUAUCACCGAGGCCUUGCUUGACGUCCAGCUCUGGCUCAUGACUCUCAUCACCGUCCUCAUAUCCGUGUCCAGCGGUGUCGUAACGACAUACUCUGCCACCCUAAUCAAAAACUUUGGCUACUCAGCCCCCAGAUCUGCCUUGCUCAACAUGCCCGGCGGCGCCGUCUCCAUCGUCAGCACAGUGGCGGUCGGCUUUGCAAUCCGGUACAAGAUGUUCCGCUCCGUCGGUAUUGUGGCCUGCUGCAUCCCCGGCAUCCUAGGCGGUGCCCUGCUCUCCUUUGCACCAGAAUCUAACCAGGGUGCUCUCCUGGCCGGCAUCUACCUCGUCAACUCUAUCGUCCCAACUCUCAUCGUCAUCUACCAGUGGCUCUCUUCCAAUAUCGCCGGCAGUACCAAGCGCUCCGUCAGCGCCGCCCUGGUCACCGCGAGUUUCAGCAUCGGAAACAUCAUCGGGCCCCAGACCUUCCAGGCAAAGGACGCCCCACGCUACAUCCCAGCAAAGAUUGCCGUUCUGGCUACCCAGGCCUGUGGAGCGGUUCUUGCCAUCAUCCUGCUCAUGUACUACAUCUGGGAGAACAAGCGUAGGGACAAGGCCGCCGCUCAGAACUCCCAGGCUCUGCCCGUCACUCAGGAUACCACUCUCUCCCAAUCGACCUCCCUCGAGCAGAAGAAGUGGGAUAACUUGACCGACAAGGAGAACCUGACCUUCAGAUACGUCUACUAA